AUGACGGACUAUGGAGCCACACCACCGACGCCCUCGUCGCCUGCGCAUGUCCCCCGCUCUUCCAGCCACCCGCGUCUCACAAACUCCAAGCUGUUCCUUCCCCUCCAAAACGACGCCUCCGCAAUCUCCACGCGCGGCCACCACCUCCCAUCGCUGCUCCACCACACGCGCCGGCCUUCGACAAUACGCAGCAACGAACGCCGCGGCAGUGAGACGGAUGAUGAGGACUUGGAAGCAUACAGAAAUGGCCUCAUGAUGCCGCACGACCGAGACUCUGAUCGGAGGAGCAGCAUUGGGGCCCAUGUCUUGAACACGCCGCAAAUGAGGAGCCAACGGCUGAUUGGCAACUCCAACCCGCGAUACCAAUGGGAAAAGUACUACAAGAGUGAAGAGGAGCUCAAGGGCAUGAAGAAGCCGGUACGCGAGUACUAUGAGCGCAACAACGAGCUGCUCCAGAACUACCUGUACAUUGACCGUUUGCUCGACUCGUCGCUUCCCCACAAUCUGAUUCAAGAGUAUACCAAUCUUGAAUCCGGUUCCGUCAAGAUCCCCACUACCAUCACUGAGGAGUCUUCGGCCAACUCUACACCCAUUCCAAGCAUUCCUGGGGCCAAAAAUGGUUCCAAUACCCCUAGUCUGCCCAGCGAAAACGGGAGAAGCGCAUCUUCAAACAGUCUCAACGCUAGCAACGGCAACGGGGCAACCAAGCCCAUGGUCAAGCGUACACCCAAGAACCUUUAUAAAGUUCCCGAGGCAGAUGAGAACACACCACUACUUGCGCGCGAACAUGCUGUCGACGACGACGAAGAGGAAGCACUACAAAACUCCAAGCUAAAGGACUGGGUACCAGAAGAAGACGAAGAUACAGACAGUCCCAUUGUCAAAUUAGCUCUCUAUGUCAACCUCAGUGCGAACACGGCCCUCCUCAUCAUGAAGAUUGUCGUCACCGUCCUUACAUCUUCGCUCUCCGUUGUCGCCAGUUUGGUCGAUGCCGCACUUGACUUUCUCUCCACAGCCAUAGUAUGGUUUACGUCCUGGAUGAUUGCUCGUCAAGACCGUUACGCCUACCCUGUUGGUCGCCGGCGUCUUGAACCCAUUGGCGUCCUAAUCUUCUCCGUCAUCAUGAUGACCUCGUUCUUCCAAGUCGGCAUUGAGGGUGUUUCCAGACUUUCAGGGCCCGAUCACACCAUCGUUCAAUUGACAAUCCCUGCUGUUGCCAUCAUGACUUUGACUGUUGUCAUCAAGGGAAUGUGCUGGCUCUGGUGCCGUCUCAUCCGCAACUCUAGCGUCCAGGCACUCGCUCAGGACGCCAUGACUGACGUGGUCUUCAACACCUUCUCCAUCCUCUUUCCGCUUGUAGGAUACUUUGCAAAAAUCUGGUGGCUCGACGCCCUUGGCGGUAUCUUGCUCUCUGCUUAUGUCAUCAUCAACUGGAGUGCGACUUCUGCCGAGCACAUCCGCAACCUGACGGGUGCAAGUGCAACUGCUGACGAGCGGAACAUCUUGCUCUACAUGACCAUGCGUUUCGCAAAGUCUAUCAAGAGGAUUCAAGGCCUGCAGGCAUACCACGCUGGUGACAAGCUGAACGUGGAGGUCGACAUUGUGGUUGACGAGAGCCUUAGUCUGAGGGACAGCCAUGAUUUGGGUGAGAGUCUGCAGUAUGUCCUCGAAAGUGUACCAUACGUCGAUCGCGCCUUUGUACAUAUCGAUUACACGGAUUACAACUUCCCAACGCACAUGUCUCAACAGGAAUAG